AUGGAUGCCGACGAGUUUUCCGAUGGCGGCUUCGAUGACCUCACCGAUAAUGCCUUCCAAGAACUCGAACGAAAUGCCAUCCAGCUCACCCAGGCUCAGAUAAAGCCAUCACUUUCCCGGGAUCCACCGCAGAAGCUUUCUGACUAUGGCUGGGAGGAGGAAGACGACGACUUGGACAAUACCGAAGUCACUAAUCACGUUGGUGUUCCCAUUGGCCGACCAGUCAUCAACAAUUCCAAUUCGCGGCAGCAUCAUCACCAACCUGCACAUGCCGGCUCACAAGCUUCGCGUCGACCGAUACCUCCUGUGCCGAAUCCACGAUGGAAUCCGGCUGUAGACCCGCCCUCCCGGUCCGCUUCUGGCGCAGCGUCUCUUCAUCCGCCGCCAAAGGCCAGAGGCUUCUCUGGCUCUCAGUUGUUCCAACCACAGCCUCCGACACAGGCCAGCCAGUAUGCUCGGCCGGCGCUGCCACCAAGUCGCCUUCCCGCAUCCCAAACUCCUCACACUGGCCAGGCCGGGGACAUUGUAUCCGCUCUUCAACAGCGAGUGCGUGCACUUGAAUCCGAGCUGCAUUCAGCCCGUGGCGAGGCCUCUAUUAUUCGCGCAAAUGCCAGCAAGGCACAGCAUGACUACGAUUCCCAGGUGGCACGGCUCAAGAAGCUCAAUGCUGAGCAACUGGAAAAGCAAGCCAGGGUUGUCGAGGCAGCCGUGGCAGCCGAGAAGAGUGCCAAUACUGAGCUGCAGUUCUUGCAACGAGACAUGCGAGAGGUUAAUGAUCGAGCAAGGAGGAAGGACAUUGGGGGUGGUGGGUUCAACACCACGCCGAAAAAGGCUGCCAAGUCGUGGGGGAUCGCGGAUGGCUUUGAUGAAAUGGACAUUGCCGCAAGCCCGAGUAAGGGUCAAGGACGAGGCAAGGCUGGUUCCGUCGCUGCUAACGUCGGCGAGCGUACGCCUAGCAAAGGUAAAAGGAAGCGCCCGAUCAUGGACAGCCCCAUGGCUGCUCUCGAAACGUCCACCGAGGACGUCGUUAUGGGCGACAACAGCAAACAUGAUUCAAAGCCUUCGCCCCCGAUCACGGUGGCAGCCCCGGCGGCGCCAUUCGAAUUUCUUCAACUUGUGCUAGACCACGGUUCAUUUCAUCAACAACCUCCGACGUUUGAUACGUUAUCUCGGUUCACAUUCCCCUCCGAUCCGGCCACUUCGUUUGCUUCAAUGAUUUUUGAGAAACUGCCCUUGAUGGGAAACCCCUACCGCCCCAUGCAGCUUCUUGUUGACUUUGCUGAGCAUAUUGUGUCUCUUUGGACACGGUGUGUAGAGGAGCAAUUUUGGGAACCUAUCAAAUAUCUCGUGUCUCUCAUCUCCUUCACGUUUGACCUUCACACAACGUCGGUGGCGCCUUUGAUCGUACCCAGUCUGGUACCUGUCGCGCAAUCCACCAUUUUUACUCUGGCUGAUUUGAGACGACGACUCCCAGAUAGCCAUCUGUCUACUAGCGCGGAGUACCGGUUUUUGGAAGAGCACAUUGACACCAAACGGCUGUUGGGCCUCUUGUAUACGUCGGCGCUAUCGUGCUCAAUGACGCCAACCGAAACAGACAAUGGUUUUGAGUACACGUCGGUUGGGUUCUGGAAGUUGAUGUCCCUUGACAUGGUUCUAUUACUCCUGACCCCGAGGCAGAGGCCAGGCGAUGUAAUAGGUAUGCUCGAAUUGCUUUCCACGUCUGUAUUGCCCACAUCCAUCGGGCCUGUCAGCGGUGAUGCAGAGCCGCCUGUCAUUGCAAGAGCAAUCAUCGAGCGCGUUUCUGCCAAAUUAACUGAACAGCCUCGCGGCUCCACGACUCAGAAACAGAGAAGGUCGAUCAGACUGGCAGCACUGCGGACUCUAAUAGCCUUCUCAUUGUCAUCUUUUGGAGCUCUACAGUUGGGUGUUCAUGAGAAUGCCAUUCCUCGACUUGUUGCAUGCCUAAGCGCUGCCAUUGACGAGUUAUACGAUCAGCCGAUCCCACCUAGCAUCCUUCUGCCCCUUCCAGACUCUCUGAAGGAGUCUCUAAAACUGCCAGAGUCCACCGCAUCGGCGGACCUGUAUCGCAUCAUUUCGCAGAGUGUUCUUCUCAUACACAGGCUGAUCACGAAUACUAGCACUGCCAAUGUCGUAGACGUUAGUCAAAAGCUGUCCAUGUCUCAUGGCGGCAGUCAGCGAUAUCUCCUGGCGUUGGGUCGUCUGGCAUUUGCAGAAGAGGAUUUGGUAAUUGAGGCUGGCAUUGAAGGCGAGGUUGUGGAGGCAGCCCACGAGCUGUUGGAAAUGGCCGUGACACCCGACGAGGGAGAGACGGGUGGUAGAAUGCCAUAG